CGGAGGGGAGCAGGAGCUGAUUCAGGAAGAGAUGGUGCUGUAAAGUGGGUUAGCGUACAAACUUCACUCCAGCAGUUCCCACCGGGACCAAGAGGACUAUCUUCUCUUUGGAGGGACCCCUGAGAGCCGAUGUUGGACUUGCCUUGCCUUGCUUUGCCUUAUAUUUUGUAGUUUUUGUGCGUCUUGCUCUUGUCGGUGUGUCUACCUGCGCGGAAUCUCUUGCAGCACCGCAGUUUCCUGUUUGACGAACACUCACCAAACCUUAAAUUACAUUAUUGACUGCGCGAGAAACUAACAGAUAAACUUGCUGUGAAUGGAGACCAGGACCUGUUCUACACAGCUGUCAACUUAACUCGAGGAGAGCGAUAUUUGCAGUAUAUUUUCCCAUAGGUUCAGCUCGGAUUGAACGGCGGUAGGGUUUAACAGGUGUUCCACCUGUUACCCUCUCACCUGACGGAGUCAUGGCGAACGCAGGUGACAGUACCGUCGGGAUCCCCAUUAGAGGAAUCCGUAUGAAGUUCGCGGUGCUAGCGGGACUGCUAGAGGCUGGAGAAGUCUCCAAUCGGGAUGUCGUGGAGACGGUUUUCAAUCUGCUGGUUGGGGGGCAGUUUGACUUGGAGAUGAACUUCAUCAUCCAGGAGACGGAGAGCAUCCUCUGCAUGGUCGAGCUGCUGGAUAAGUGUGACUUCACCUGCCAGGCGGAGGUGUGGAGUAUGUUUACCGCCGUGCUGAAGAAGAGUUUGCGUAACCUGCAGGCCUGCACUGAGAUCAGCCUCAUUCAGCUGGUACUUCAGCGCAUAGACCAGGCCGACAACAUGAUCGCAGAUCUGAUGGUGGAAAUGCUGGGUGUGCUGGCCAGCUACAGUAUCACAGUGAAGGAACUGAAGUUGUUCUUCAGCAAACUGAAAGGAGAACAUGGGCAAUGGCCCCCCCAUGCUGUUAAGCUGCUGUCUGUAUUGAGGUCCAUGGCUCAAAGAAAUGGCCCAGAUUCCUUCUUCAGUUUCCCAGGGAAGAGUGCUGCGGCCAUUGCUCUUCCACCCAUUGCAAAGUGGCCAUACCAGAACGGCUUCACCUUUCACACCUGGCUGCGCCUGGACCCCAUCAAUAACAUCAAUGUUGACAAGGACAAGCCUUAUCUCUACUGUUUCCGUACCAGCAAAUGUCUGGGCUACUCGGCACACUUUGUGGGCGGUUGUCUGAUUGUGACCGCUCUAAAAUCCAAAGCCAAAGGCUUCCAGCACUGUGUGAAAUACGACUUUAAACCCCAGAAGUGGUAUAUGGUGACCAUAGUGCACAUCUAUAAUCGCUGGAAGAACAGUGAAAUUAGCUGCUAUGUCAAUGGAGAGUUGGCGUCAUAUGGCGAGAUCACCUGGUUUGUCAACACAAGUGAUACAUUCGACAAGUGUUUCCUGGGUUCAUCAGAGACGGCAGAUGCCAACCGCGUGUUUUGCGGUCAGAUGGGGGCGGUGUAUCUAUUCAGUGAAUCUCUAAGUGCUGCUCAGAUACUCGCCAUCUAUCAGCUGGGGCCUGGAUACAAGGGCACGUUCAAGCAUAAGGCCGAGAGUGACCUGCUGUUUGCAGAACAUCACAAGAUGCUGCUAUAUGACGGCAAGCUGUCUGCCAGUAUUGCCUUCACCUAUAAUCCCAGAGCCACUGAUGCUCAGCUGUGUCUGGAGUCCUCCCCCAAGGACAACACCUCCAUCUUUGUGCACUCUCCACACGCCCUCAUGCUGCAGGACGUCAAAGCAGUGGUGACGCACUCAGUUCAGAGUGCCAUCCACUCUAUAGGAGGAGUUCAGGUCCUCUUUCCCCUGUUUGCACAGCUGGAUUACCUCCAGCACACCGGCGACGAGCUGGACACCUCUGUCUGUUGCACACUAUUGUCAUUUGUGAUGGAGCUGCUGAAGGGCUCUGUAGCUAUGCAAGAGCAGGUGCUGGCCUGCAAGGGCUUUCUUGUCAUCGGUUACACACUGGAGAAGUCUUCCAAAGUACAUGUGACACGACCCGUUCUGGAAAUCGUCCUUGCCUUUGCCCGUUACCUCAGCAACCUUCCCACUGGCAUCUUGCCACUGAAACAGCUGUGUGACCAUGUCCUCUUCAACCCUACCAUCUGGAUUCAUGCCCCAGCUAAGGUGCAGUUGGUUCUCUACACCUACCUUGCCACGGAAUUCAUCAGCACUGUCACCAUCUUCAAUGCCAUCCGAAGAGUAGGAACCGUACUGCAGGUCAUGCACACGCUCAAGUAUUUCUACUGGGUUGUAAACCCACUGGACCGCAGCGGAAUCACGCCCAAGGGUCUCGACGGACCGAGACCCAAUCAGAAAGAGAUUCAUUCUCUCCGAGCGUUCCUGCUGUUGUUUGUCAAACAACUGAUCAUGAAGGAUCAUGGCGUAAAGGAAGACGAACUACAGAGUAUUCUCAACUACCUGCUCACAAUGCACGAGGAUGAUAAUCUGAUGGAUGUUCUCCAGCUUCUUGUGGCACUGAUGUCCGAGCAUCCCGGCUCAAUGGUGCAAGCCUUUGAUCAGCGAAAUGGAAUACGAGUCAUCUUUAAGGUACUGGCAUCUAAAAGUGAAGGGAUUCGUGUGCAGGCACUCAAAGUUUUGGGCUACUUUCUCAAAUAUUUGUCACCAAAGAGAAAGUCAGAGGUCAUGCUGGGUUACGGCCUGUUCCCUCUGCUCACUGAACGACUGAUGCUCCACUCGAACCAGUUCACCAUCACAACAUACAACGUGCUCUUUGAGAUUCUUACGGAGCUGAUCUGUACUCAGGUCAUUCACAAACAGCACCCGGACCCCGACUCCUCUGUGAAGAUUCAAAACCCACAGGUCUUAAAGGUGAUUGCUGCUCUCCUGAAGAAUACUCAUGUAGGUCCAGAGAGCAUGGAAGUGAGACGGAUCUUUCUCUCGGACAUGAUCAAACUCUUCAACAACAGCCGAGAGAACCGCAGGAGUCUGUUGCAGUGCUCGGUGUGGCAGGAAUGGAUGCUGUCUUUGUGCUUUAUAAACCCAAAGAACAGCGAGGAGCAGAAGGUCACAGAGAUGGUGUACGCCAUCUUUCGCAUCCUUCUCUAUCACGCCAUUAAGUACGAGUGGGGCGGCUGGCGCGUGUGGGUGGAUACACUCUCCAUCACACACUCCAAGGUCACCUUUGAGCAACACAAAGAAAAUCUGGCCCAAAUGUUCCACGAGUACCAGCGUAUGGGUUCUGAGGGAGGGUCUGAAACCAGAAUCAGAUCGAUCUCUGGUGUCAGCCGGGAUUCUGAGCUCCUUGCUGAUGCCAAUGGUGAGCUGCAGACAGAAGAGAUCGCUCCAUCUACUGUAAUUGAGCUACACGUGGAGGAUCAAGGUUCCGAUCAGCUUGGAGACAGUGAGGAGAGCAGGACCCAAGUCCCUGUCACAGUGUCCAACAUAAUGGCCAGAGAAGAGGAAGAAAGAAUCACAGACAGAGCUGCAGCUUCACUAGAGCCACAUGUAGGGGUUGAAGGUGAAGAGGACUCAACAAAAGAACCAGGAAAGGAUAAUGAAAUGAGAAAUGUUGAACAUACAAGGGCUAAAAUCGACGAAGAACAUGAAACGAUUGGGGUUGAGUCUGGCAUGAUGAAGGCUGAAAGGGAUUAUGGAAAGGACGUUGGGGAGGAUAAAGAGAAAAAGGACGGAGAUGCUCUUCAGACAUAUGUAACCAAUGAUGCAAACAUUGCACAGACUGCAAUGGACACCAAAGUAGAAACUGAAGCUGUGAAGAUUUCAGAGGAAACAGAUGGUAAAACGAGUGAUCCUGAAACUGACCAAAAUAGUCAGGUAGAAGAUCAGGAGAAAGAGGUUCUGAGCUCUGCCACUGAAGCUUCUUCUGAGAUUUCGGGCCAACAGAAAACCAUCGUCGAAGCCUCUGUCACAAACGAAGAGCACACUGAUGUUUCUACAGUCAGCAACUCCGUGAAGGUCAAUGAUGACAGCGUGGAGGAGUCUUCUGCUGUUUCAACUUCAGCGAGAGAUGGUGAGAAGGAUAACGGUAGUGCUGAAAAUGAAAUCGAAGGAAAGAAGAGCGAGAAUACGCCAGAAACCAAUCAAGACAGGAGAGUUGAGAAGGACCUUUCUAAGGCAGAGAAAAGCACUGAUGCAUCAGCCCCCAUGGUGGAGGUAGAUUUGAACACAGAGGGUCAGAUUGCAGAGCCAGGAGCCACAGUGAGUCAGCCUAGUGAGGCAGAAAAGACAGGGGAAUCCACGGGACGUCCUACGGAGGCGGCAGAGGUUAGCCCCAGCGUUGAGGCUAUCUCACAGAAUGCAGGGACCAACCAAGACACUCUGAAGGCAACAGGAACUGAGAGCUCAGCAAUUAAAACCAAAGAGAUUAAAAUUGCUAGACUGGAUGUGUCAAGUGUAGCCUCGGAUACAGAGAGAUUGGAGCUGAAGGAGACAUCAACAACCAACCUGAGCCAAAACCAAGCAGCUGCCUCAAGUGCCUCAGGCCAGGGCAACGAGAGCUCGUCUUCAGCACGGUCCACCAUGUUCCGCAUCCCAGAGUUCAAGUGGUCUCAAAUGCACCAGCGUCUUCUGACUGACCUUCUCUUCUCCAUAGAGACAGAUGUACAGAUGUGGAGAAGUCAUUCGAGCAAGACCAUAAUGGACUUUGUGAACAGCAGUGAGAAUGUGGUGUUUGUACACAACACCGUCCAUCUCGUCUCUCAGGUGGUGGACAACCUCAUCAUGGCCUGCGGAGGAAUCCUUCCUUUGCUCUCUGCAGCCACCUCCUCUACGCAUGAGCUGGAGAACAUUGAAGCAUCUCAAGGUUUGGCUGUGGAGGCAUCAGUGAUGUUCUUACAGAGGCUUAUCAAUCUAGUGGACGUGCUGAUCUUCGCCAGUUCACUCAACUUCACAGAAAUCGAGGCAGAGAAGAACAUGUCCUCUGGAGGAAUCCUGAGACAGUGCCUACGUUUGGUGUGUGCGAUGGCUGUGAGAAACUGUCUGGAAUGUCAGCACCGCACUUUAGGUACGUCUGGUGCGGAGAGCAGCCAUGGACAGCAAAGCCUUCUGGGAGCCACCAAGUCUAUACCAGCACAGAGUCCUGUGGAUAUUGUGACGGGAGGGAUGUCUCCUAUCAGAGAUUUAGACCGGCUGCUUCAGGACAUGGACAUCAAUCGUCUCCGUGCCGUGGUGUUCAGAGACAUAGAGGAUAGUAAACAGGCUCAGUUCCUGGCCUUAGCAGUGGUCUACUUCAUUUCCGUGCUAAUGGUGUCCAAAUAUCGGGACAUCCUGGAGCCACACAAUGACAAAAAACACGUCCAGCGCACACAGUCAACCAGGAGCACAGAAAGUGUUCAGUCUGAUCUCGAGAACAGUUUGUCAUCCCGCCGACGAGACUCUAUCAUGGAAGAUGAGAAGUCCUCCAUCAUCCCUAGUGAUGCUGACAUACGGACCGGGCCAGACGCUGUAUCUGAAGCCCUGUCCACUCUGUCCUCUGAAGUCAGGAGAGGUCAAGAGGUCUCCGAUAAAGACGGCAAAGGGAAAAACGUCAAUGUCAGGGAUAUUUUGAGAAGCCUCGUUAGUGCACCGUCUGAUGACAUCAUGGUGGACCCCAGCCUUUUACCGGCAGCCUUUUUAGGUGCGGUGGGCGAUGCCUCCCGUGAUCCGUCCGUCCAGUUCCAUUCCUUUGACAGGAGUGUCGUUGUUGCACCCAAGAAAGUGGGCGCAGCUCCCUCACCAGGUAUGAGCACAGUCUCUGCCUCUGCCACCGUCCCAUCAGCUACUGCUGCGUCCGCAGGUGGAACUCCAGUCAACAGUGUAUCGGUGGUGUCUGCAGAUGAUGCUGUCCAGAGCACAGAGUCUGCCACAGGAGGAACCUCCACCAGCACCAAUCUGCCAUCUGUCCCGGCUUUAUCCCCAAUGACCCAGAGCUCCGCCCCCAGCAUGAGUAUAUCUGAGAGGUUGGAACAUGCUCUGGAGAAGGCAGCUCCUUUACUCAGAGAGAUUUUUGUGGAUUUUGCACCGUUCCUCUCGCGCACGCUGCUAGGGAGUCACGGGCAGGAGCUGCUUAUCGAGGGCACAAGUCUGGUGUGUAUGAAAUCCACCAGUUCUGUGGUUGAACUGGUCAUGUUGCUGUGUUCUCAGGAGUGGCAGAAUUCCAUCCAGAAGAACGCAGGCUUGGCUUUCAUCGAGCUUGUGAACGAGGGCAGGCUGCUGAGCCACACCAUGAAGGACCAUCUGGUGCGUGUAGCUAAUGAAGCCGAGUUCAUUCUGAGCCGCCAGAGAGCAGAGGACAUCCACAAACACGCUGAGUUUGAGUCUCAAUGUGCUCAGUACGCCGCUGAGAAACGCGAUGAGGAGAAGAUGUGUGAUCACCUGAUAAGGGCAGCUAAGUACCGAGAUCACGUCACUGCCACCCAGCUCAUCCAGAAGAUUGUGAACAUCCUGACAGACAAGCACGGGGCUUGGGGCUGCUCCGCCAUCAGCAGCAGACUGCGGGAGUUCUGGCGCCUGGACUACUGGGAGGAUGACCUGAGGAGACGUCGGCGCUUCAUCAGGAACCCGUUUGGGUCCACACACUCGGAGGCCACGCUCAAGGCUGCUGCAGAGCAUGCUCCAGAGGAAGACGUGCUGAAGGGCAAACAGUCCAUCAGGAGUUCAGUGUUGGGGAAUCAGAACUCGGACAGUGAGCUGCUGCUGGAGGAUGAUGACACUCUCUCAUCCCUGGAGGAGAAAGACCUGGAGAACCUCACAGGGCCUGUUAACCUGAGCACCAGCGCACAGCUGGUUGCACCCGCUGUCGUGGUAAAAGGCACACUGUCCAUCACGGCCCUGGAGUUAUAUUUUGAGGUGGAUGAGGAAGACCCGAGCUUUAAGAACAUUGAUCCCAAGAUCUUGGCGUACACGGAGGGUUUGCAUGGGAAAUGGCUGUUCACAGAGAUCAGAGCUGUUUUCUCUCGGCGAUAUCUGCUGCAGAACACGGCGCUGGAGGUCUUUAUGGCCAACAGGACUGCGGUCAUGUUCAACUUCCCCGAUGCAGCCACAGUAAAGAAGGUCGUGCACUGUCUCCCCAGAGCUGGAGUCGGCACCAAUUUUGGCCUUCCUCAGACCAGACGGAUCUCUCUUGCCAGCCCUAAACAGCUCUACAAGGCCUCCAGCAUGACCCAGCGCUGGCAGAGACGAGAGAUCUCCAACUUUGAGUACCUAAUGUUCCUCAAUACCAUCUCUGGCCGUACGUUUAACGACCUGAACCAGUACCCCGUGUUCCCCUGGGUAAUCACCAACUACGACAGCGAAGAUCUCGACCUGACCCUGCCCAGCAACUACAGAGAUCUGUCCAAGCCUAUUGGUGCGCUCAACCCAAAGAGGGCUGCCUUCUUCUCAGAACGCUUUGAAACGUGGGAGGAUGACCAGGUGCCCAAAUUCCACUACGGCACACACUAUUCUACUUCCAGCUUCACUCAGAUGUGGCUUCUCAGGCUUGAGCCUUUCACAACAUUCUUCCUGAAUUUCCAAGGUGGGAAAUUUGACCACGCAGAUCGCACGUUCUCUUCUGUGUCCAGAGCUUGGAGAAACUGCCAGAGGGACACGUCUGACGUAAAGGAGUUGAUCCCUGAGUUCUAUUACCUUCCAGAGAUGUUUGUCAACUCCAAUAAUUACAACCUGGGAGUGAUGGAUGAUGGGACGGUGGUGUCAGAUGUGGAGCUUCCACCCUGGGCCAAGAGUCCCGAGGAGUUCGUACGCAUCAACCGACUUGCCCUGGAGAGCGAGUUUGUGUCCUGUCAGCUGCACCAGUGGAUUGAUCUGAUAUUCGGAUACAAGCAGCAGGGUCCUGAGGCCAUCAGAGCCCUCAAUGUCUUCUUCUACCUGACUUAUGAAGGGGCGGUCAACCUCAGCUCCAUAUCUGAUCCCCUGCUCAGAGAGGCGGUGGAGUCUCAAAUCAGAAGUUUUGGGCAGACGCCCUGCCAGCUGCUAAUUGAACCGCACCCCCCUCGCAGCUCUGCCAUGCAGGUGACCCCACUGAUGUUUACAGAGCAGAUGCAGCAGGACGUCAUCAUGGUCCUGAAGUUCCCGUCCAACUCGCCCGUCACCCACGUGGCUGCCAACACGCAGCCAGGCCUCACCAACCCGUCCAUCAUCACCGUCACAGCCAACCGCCUCUUCGCCGUCAACAAGUGGCAUGGACUUACUGGUCAUCAAGGCUCCUCUGUGCAAGACCAGCAGUACCAGUUGCCAGUGGAGAUUGACCCUUUAAUAGCCAGUAAUGUGGGCACUCACAGGAGGCAGAUCUCAGAUCUGUUAGAUCAGAGCAUCCAGGUAAACGCUCAAUGUUUUGUCAUCACGGCCGACAACCGAUUCAUCGUGCUCUGCGGCUUCUGGGACAAGAGCUUCCGCAUCUACUCCACAGAUACAGGUAAACUGACACAAAUUGUGUUCGGGCAUCUUGAUGUGGUGACGUGUCUGGCCCGCUCUGAGUCGUACAUCGGCGGAGACUGUUACAUUCUCUCCGGCUCCAGAGAUGCCACACUUUUACUCUGGUACUGGAACGGCAAGCACAGCAGCAUCGGAGAGAACCCUGGGACAGAGUUUGUGAAUCCCCGGGCGAUCUUGACGGGGCAUGACUGUGAGGUGACGUGUGCCAGUGUGUGUGCAGAGUUGGGACUGAUCAUCAGCGGAUGCAGAGAGGGUCCAUGUCUGAUCCACUCAAUGAACGGUGACCUGCUGAGGACUUUGGAGGGUCCACAAGGCAACAUGCGGCCACGUUUGGUUCUGUCCUCCACCGAGGGUCACUGUGUCAUUUAUUAUGACAAGGGCCACUUUUGCGUUUUCAGCAUCAACGGAAAACUCCUGGGACACAUGGAGGUGGAGGAUAACAUCAAGGCGAUGUUGCUGAGUAAAGAUGGACAGUAUCUGCUCUCUGGAGGAGACGGAGGAGUUCUUUCCGUGUGGCAGAUUCAUGAUCUCAAGCAGCUCUUCACUUACCCAGGAUGUGAUGCGGGAAUCCGUUCCAUGGCCAUGUCACAUGACCAAAGAUGCAUCGUCACUGGAAUGGCAUCCGGCAGCAUUGUUCUCUUCUACAAUGACUUCAACAGAUGGCACCAUGAAUAUCAAACUAGAUACUGACCCGGCGACAACAGAGGGCACACAGCAACCAUGGCAAUGGCACAGGCAGAGCCACUCUGCCACAUUUCAAAAAGGCACUAAUACCAAUAGUCAUGAAUGUAUUCUACAUAUUUAAAGAAGCAAAACUAUUUUUUAAAGAUGGUUCGUUGAUAUAUUUUGUAGAUCUUUGGAAUUUCAUAUUAAAUUAAUCCUUGGGGCGAGGUAAUAUAACUAAUAUUUGACAGAAAGAAAAAAAAAAGAAAUCUAUUUUUAGCUGGAAAAGUCUAUUUUCAUCUCGACUCCAGUGAAAGAGACGGCGCCGAGCGGUCAAUGGCUAAAUGAUUUACAUCGAGUGUCCCUUGAAUAGGUUUCUUGUGUACUUUUCGGGUGGGUCAUUGAUUUGAUUUGAUUUGAUUCAGUUGCUGUGAUUGUUUUGACAGGAUGCCUCUAAUCAUGAUGUUUUGAAGUUUUAAUGGCUCCUUGAAACAGUUCUGUAAGCUAACAGAAAGCUGCCUCUAUUUUUGGAGAAAUAAGCUGCUCUGCUACUGUACGUAGAACUGUCCCGAGCGUCCUCUUCAUUCAAUUAUAUUCAUAGAGUUAGAUUAGCUUUUUUGAAGACAUGCCAAGCUUCAAAUACUCACUUUAUUAAUAGAAACAUGUCUUCGCCCAGAGCAUUUUUGGCGUUUUUUCGGUGUUUGUUUAAAUGUGAAUGGAUCUUAUGUGAUGAUGUCACUUUGUAAACUGAAGGGGGUGGAGUCUACAUUUGAAUGAGAGUCAUUUAGAAUUGGUGUUAAUUAACCUCUUGGUUGGAAAAAGGUUAUUCGGGGUGUCUUUUCAUAUCUUUUCUGUUGGUUUUUUGUGAGCUGCAUAUCUAUCAAGCAUUCAGGCAACACAUGGAGGAAAUGCUAGUGAAAAGAGAGAGGAGAAAAUAUUAAUCCCAUAUCCGUUUUGAAGUGUCAUCAAACAGCGUUUUGAAUUUUCACCAAAUGUGCUUUUAUCCUAAAUGUAGAGAUGAACGAGGGCCAAGCCUGAUGUUAUAAUGGAGAUCUGUUAGGCUGAGAUCAAAGCUGAAACUCGCCUUUAAAGAAUAUCAUUAUAUUAGAUCUUCAACACAACCAGCUCAAAGUAUAAUCCCAUAGAUUACACUCAGGGCAAGCAGGGGUCUGUGAAACGACAAAAGAAACAUUUCUUCCUUGGGUGAAGCAACCUCUGUGUUACUCUUGACACUGACUAAUUUCUUUCUUUCUUUCUUUCUUUCAUAGUUAAUGCUAUCAUUAUUGUUAUAUCAUGUAAUUAAUGAGCUCUAUGGCAUCAGUUUGGAAUGAGCGUCUUAUGACAUGUGUGAUGAACUCAAUAAAAUGGCAUUUUAUAC